UUUGUACUUGCAAUGUACUAUUUGACCAUUAUUUGCCCAGCACCUCUACUAAGUUUUUCUAAGUGGCCGCCAAGCUGUGGCCAUAUCCGUGUUUUGUCCAUUUUCCUCCUCCCACAACUAGCAUUGAUUCUCCUUUUACUUUGUUACUUAGUGACUAGUGGUCAGCGAUAUAUCUGUUUCUCACUUUAG